AUGGGACCUUCGGCUGUGUUUCUAUUUUGGGCCAUCUGAAUGUAAAAGUCAGCCGAGUUAAUGGAGUCCGGCCCAUGAGUCAUAAACCCAUAAAAUAACGCUUAUCCAAACAAAGCCUAUAGCUGAACUCCGACGUCACAGGCUCACAGCCAGUUGAGCAGAGGGCAGAAUUUGUUUCCAUGGCGCUGUCAAUAGCAAACUCCACCUUAUUCUCAAGAUCUUCUUCCAUCUUUCUGCGCAAAAGUAGCUGUGCUCUCUGCCUACACUUUUCAUCUAUCUCAACUUCCUCAGCCGCCGCUGCAUUUCCUUCUGACAAAGCACACUCCCAGAAGAGGUGGCGGGGACCAGCGGCCGCCUCGCUUGUUGAGCUUGGAGGAGUCAAGAUAGCCAGAGAAGAGAUAGUGAAGAAUGACCCAACAAACAAUGUCCCUGAUUCAAUUUUCUCGAAGCUCGGUAUGCAGCUUCAUAGGAGGGAUCAGCAUCCUCUUGGCAUACUAAAGAAUGCAAUCCAUGACUAUUUCGACACCAACUAUCCCACCAAAUUUAACAAGUUUGACGAUUUAUGCCCAAUAGUUUCUGUUAAAGCUAACUUUGAUGAUGUGUUGGUGCCUGCCGACCAUGUAAGCAGAAGCUACAAUGAUACUUAUUAUGUGGAUUCUCAAACUGUCUUGAGGUGCCACACGAGUGCACAUCAAGCUGAAUUACUUAGGGAAGGUCACACUCAUUUUCUUGUUACUGGAGAUGUUUACAGAAGAGAUUCUAUAGACUCCACACACUACCCUGUGUUCCAUCAGAUGGAAGGAGUACGUGUUUUUUCUCCAUCUGACUGGGAAGGAUCUGAUAGAGAUGCCACAUCAUACGCUGCUGAGGAUUUAAAGAAAUGUCUUGAGGGCUUGGCUCGCCAUUUGUUCGGUGGUGUUGAAAUGCGUUGGAUUGACACUUAUUUUCCAUUUACCAAUCCUUCAUUCGAGUUGGAAAUAUUUUUUCAGGAGAAAUGGUUGGAAGUGUUGGGCUGUGGGGUGAUGGAGCAAGAAAUAUUAAAGAGAAGUGGUAAAACCGAUAAUGUCGCUUGGGCUUUUGGACUUGGACUAGAACGAUUAGCAAUGGUUUUAUUCGACAUUCCAGAUAUCCGUCUAUUCUGGACAAUGGACGAGCGGUUUACUUCACAAUUCUCCAAAGGACAGCUCGGACUGAAGUUUAAACCAUUUUCGAAGUAUCCUCCAUGUUAUAAGGACAUGAGUUUCUGGAUAAGUGAUUCAUUUACAGAAAACAACCUAUGUGAAGUUGUUAGAGGUAUUACUGGGGAUCUUGUUGAGGAGGUGAAAUUGAUCGAUAACUUCACCAACAAGAAAGGAAUGACGAGUCACUGCUAUAGGAUUGCCUAUAGGUCAAUGGAACGAUCACUCACCGAUGAGGAGAUUAAUGAUUUACAGUGGAAAGUGCGGGAACAAGUGGAGACCAAGUUGAAAGUUGUUCUGAGAUGAUAAUACUGAAAACUCGAGUGCUACUACGUGAAUUUGCAUAAACUUGUAAGUACCAAGAAGAGGAUUCUGCUCCUUGUGUGGCUUGUACAGAAAGAUUAUCGUGUAUCAUUUGGAUCAACAGGUAAUAAAUAAUGUUUUCGUCUUUUAAUUUUAUUCAAAAUGAAGACACUUUUGAAUUUUGAGUUGCUCUAAGAAACUUUGAUGUGGAACAUUUAACAGAAAGGUUCAGCAGUUUUUCACCUGAUGUAUUUUAUCUUAUUUUGUACUUUAUGGUGUACAAGCUCUCAUGAUAAUGUAAAGAAUAGAGGUGAUUGCUGUAACUGUGCAAUGAUUGAGAUAAAUUAUUAAAAAUUAACAUAUGUAUACGUUAUAAAGAUAUGGAGUAAGCUUAUUUUUUCUGUUGGACAGAUUAUAUCAGGCGAUCUUUAUCACAAGUGUCGGGUGAUUGCCAACAUACAAGGCCACCCAAAAUAACCAUUGAUUAGGUUUGGA